AUGGCAAAAAGAACACGCUCCCACCUGGGUCUUCCCCAGAACCCGGACAACCCUCAGACAGACCAGGAUAACCCGAACCAGGAUCACGCCUCAGGACCCCUUUUCACCCAUGUGAACCCGGACGAGAACCAAGCAAUCAACCCCAAUGAUGCACGGGUCAGGAUCGAAGCGAACCAAUACAAGUACACCGAUGUCCCGGUCACCACCCUCCACCUGUCCCAGCUCACCAAUGUAGAGUUGGCCGAAGCCAUCCGGCAGUACCAUGACCGCCGGGAAAGCAACCGCAGACUUGAGGACAUCGGUGAAUCCGAGGAUUCCGGGAACAGCCGUCAAUCCCGGGGUUCCGUCUUCGACCGGAUCGGAGACAAAGCAAAGAAAAAGAAACAAAAGGAAAGUGAGGAAACCCGGCUGAAAAUCUUGGCUGAAAGGAAAGAACAGAUCCGGAAAGAGGAAGAAGAAAAACUUGAGCAAAAAAUCGCCCUCCGGAUUCAACUCGAAGAGGAAAAGUUGACAAAAGGAUCCCGGUCCAAGCGCUACCGGAAGGAAACAACACCCGAACUCAUCUCUGAUGACGAGGAUGAGAGACCGGGGCAAACCAACCUCAGAGACAUGAUCAAUGAACUCAACCGGAAAAUCGGAAAUGAUGCUGGGCUUGAAAUUGGGGGAACCCUGACUCCCUUCAGCCACUCCUUGGAAUCCAUACCCCGACAAAAGGGUAUGAAACACUACAACUUUGAAUCUUUCAAUGGACUAGGAGACCCGGAGGAACACCUGCAUUACUUUGAACAGAUAGCCCAAAUUUACUGGUACAAUGAUCUAACCAAAUGUCGCUUCUUCGCAUCCACAUUCAAGGGAGGGGCCCAGAGGUGGUUCAGCCGGAUCCCCUCCCGGAGCAUCGGGUCCUGGAAAGAUUUCAGGGAAGCCUUCCUCAGAAGGUUUCGAGCAAACAAGACACAUGAACUCCAUAUGUGUCACCUGGAAACGGUUCGCCAAUAUGACAAUGAGGCACUCUCAGACUACAUGAAACGUUUCCAGGAAGCAAUCAACAAAAUUUCCAACCUGGAUGAGCGCGAGGCUCUGAGCAUAUUCCGAAGGAACCUGGACCCGGAACAAAAUGAGAGAUAUGUGGUCGAGUUGAUCAACAAAGAACCCCAGAGCCUGGCAGCUGCCUAUGCCAUGGCUGCAAAAUUCAUUAAGGAAACCGAUGUGCUCCAAGCAAUGAGGAUGACCCGACAGGGCAGUUCAAAAGGAAAACAAGUCGAAGAUAGACCCAGGAAAGAAUAUCACCAGGAUAAGAAAUUCAAACCGGACAGACAGACAAACUUCAUCCAGCAAUCAGGUUCUAAGAGAACCAGCCAACAGGGAUCCGGAUCCAGAAGUGACCCCGGUCCAAACAAAACAACCAGGGAACCGAAACCAGAGCCCGACUGGACCCCUCUCAACAGAUCCCGCGAGGACAUACUCAAAGAAAUCAGAGAUAAACCAUUCUACUACCCACCAAAACCUAUGCAGACUCCUCCAGAGAGCAGACCCGCUAACCGACAUUGUGACUAUCAUGGCACCCACGGUCACAAAACGGAAAAUUGCAUAUCCCUCAAGUAUUUCAUUGAAGAGCAAAUCAGCAAAGGCAACAUGGGGCAAUACAUAGCCCGGAACACAGCAAACAAGGGAGAUGGUUCGGGGAAACAAAAGAACAUUGUCAACGUAGUACUGGGCGGAUCCUGUUCCCCUCCCCCCAGCCCGGACUCUUGUCAAGAAAUCAUGUCCAUCCAAGCCUUCCCCGAACAAGUCAUCUCCUUCAGCAGCAAGGACUUCGAGGGAGUCACCCGGGGUCACAAUCAGGCCCUGGUGGUAACCUUGGAUAUAGCCGAGAAUGAGGUCAGACGGUCGACAAUGGCUCUUCAGCGAACAUCUUGUUUAAACACACCAUGGAUCGAAUGGAGCUAG